ACAGAUGAAUUAUCGAGCGUUAUUAAUGUAAAAUAAUUCGUGAUGUAAAGAGUAGGUGAGCGUCGUUUCUUUAAUAUAAUUACCAUAUUCAUUUAAAUGUAUAUGAAGUGGAUUGUCGGUGACCCAUUACAAACGCUGUCGCGACCCCUAGCGCCGCCACUUCAGGAGGUACGCAGUCGUUCGGCGCUCCCCGUUAUUAAAGCGCAUGUCACCUAAAUAAAUGUGCGUAAUCCUUAUUUUGAUAACUUCUGGUGCGUUAUCAAGUGAUGCUUUAUAAUUUGCGUUGAUUAUGAAUGACUACAGCAAAGGUCAGGCCACAAUCUUAUCUUCUGCUCUUUAAAUGUUUGUGCUGUAGAUCAAGUGAAGUCAGUUUACAAAGAGCAACUAUUGAAUAAAGUUUUCGACUUAAAUUCGAGACCCGAACCUAUUUUUCGUAUAUAAUAAAACUAAGUGACGACAGAACAGUGUUCCAUAUCGACAUACAGUGCUAUUUGGUAGUGAAUUAAUAAUAACUGUGAAUUUUUAAAAUGCCUUUUCGUCGUAGUAAGGUACUAGUAAAAUGGAUCUACGAGAACCAGCACAAGAUGCAAAAUCUGCGUCGCUGCAGUUCUACGCUUCGAUACAAAGAGCUAGAGGAAAACAAUGUUCAGCCUUUAGAGCCAGUGGCGCCCGUGACGUCAGCGACCGCGCCCGCACACAAGCCACACCCAGAUGUCACGCCAGAAACUUCCUUCAAGUAUGACGACCUGCAAGUGUCGUUGGCUGCACCGUACCAACUGCAGCGCAAACCGGAGGCGAGCGAUUUGGGUUUCGGGAAAUAUUUUACGGAUCACAUGCUCAAAAUUAACUAUCACAAAGAGCUGGGCGGUUGGCAGAAACCAGAAAUCACUCCAUUCGAAUACUUAACGAUACAUCCAGCAGCGAAAGCGCUGCAUUAUGCUGUCCAAUUGUUCGAAGGAUUAAAAGCGUACCGGGGGGUCGAUGAUAAGAUAAGAUUGUUUCGGCCCGAUUUGAACAUGGAAAGGAUGAACCUCGCGGCCCAGAGGUCUGGUCUGCCGAUGUUCGAUGGUGAAGAGUUAAUCAAAUGCAUCAUUCGACUGGUACAAAUCGACCAAGAAUGGGUGCCGCACUCCGAAACGUCCACGCUUUACAUACGACCCACAUUAAUUGGCACUGAGCCUACGUUUGGGAUAAUAGAGCCAGAAUCAGCAAUGCUAUUCGCUAUUCUAAGUCCAGUGAGUGCGUAUUAUAAAACGAAUGGGGAUGGAGCUGUGUCCAUAUACGCGGACCCGAAUGUGGUGCGCGCGUUCCCCGGCGGAGUGGGCAAUAGGAAAGUCGGCUCUAACUAUGGACCCACGAUAGAGAUAACGUCGCGAGCUGCAAAAUUAGGACAUCAACAAGUAUUAUGGCUAUUUGGACCUAAUCAAGAGCUGACUGAAGUGGGAGCGAUGAAUAUCUUCAUAGUUUACAUCAAUGAGCAAGGAGAUAAACAGUUGAGUACGCCGCCAUUGAAUGGUCUCAUAUUGCCCGGAGUCACUCGCCGGUCUAUUUUGGAGCUGGCGAGCCAGUGGGAAGAUGUCACGGUCAAAGAAGAGGUGAUAACUAUGGAGCGGUUGAUACAACUCAACGGUCAAGGCCGGUUACUAGAGAUGUUCGGCGCCGGCACGGCUGUCAUCAUUACGCCGAUCAGCAACGUGGGCUACUUGGACACCAACAUUCCCGUACCCACCAUGCAGCAAACCCUCCCCGUGUACCAACGGCUAAAGGACACCCUAUUGGCCAUACAAUAUGGUCAUAUAGAACACCCAUACGCUAAGAUCAUAUCAUAGCGCAGUACGUGUGAUGACUUUGGGUUUGAACUAGUGAUAUAGUGCAGUGGCGGCUAACUUUUUGUACAUACAUUGCAGAGAUAUGUUACAUAAGAAUGAUGUAUAAAACUAUGUGUGAUAUGAAAAAUAACGAACGAUUCUCGCAAAUAAACUUAUCUCAUUGUAAAUAUUAUGGAUAGGAUUAUGUUUCGAGUACCUACGCGCGUUCCUUGAGUUUUUCGAAACUGCUAUUGCGCAGUUAUUUUAAGGUAGGUUAAUGAAUUUGCAAGAUCAUGUGUGGUUUAUUCAAGGUACAGUGAGAAUUUCCUCAUCCCAUUUACAUAUUAUAACUAUGCAACAAUGUAUUUUUUCAAAUUGUCGCUUAUCGAAAAUUAUAAAAUGUAUUAUGCAGCUUUUUGAUGGAAGUAUAAUGGUAGAUUGCAUUUAGAAUCUAGCUGGUAACAGUGACUCAACAAACGGAAGGGUCGAGGGAGAAAUAUAUUUUUAUUCCUUCUUAUAAAUUGUUUUGAAAACAAUCGCAAAUAAAUCAAUGCUGAUGUACCUACUAAUAUUACAGAAACUUAUGAAAACAAAUAAAUCAUAAUUUAUUGCCGUCUUGUAUUUUCUAGCUAGCGUUAUUUAUUUAUAAUAUUCUGUAUCAGUUCAAGUUCAUUAUAUUAUUAUCUUUUUAUAUCCUUGUUAUAUAUACAAUAUAUUUAGCGUAAAUAAAAUGUGUUUUCCUAUACGUAAAUAGUUGCCUUGACUCGUUCCUAAAUUUUAAUAGUAUUUCAUAAGAGACUUUUUAAUUGUUUAGUAGUCUAAAUAAAUCAUAUAGUAAAAUUUAUGCUUGCUAUGGAAAUGGUACUUCGUGGAGAGAUUUUCAUAAUGCCCGCGCAUAUAUUUCAACCUUCAAGUAAAUUUUUAUUAUUGGUUCCGUUUCGGGGGACUCCCAUUAAUACGUAGUUUGUUAUUGGUUAGCCUAUCUCUGGGUCUAGGGUACAGUCAACGGUGUAUGUAAUUUCAAACGUCGAACCUCAUAUCCCGCCUGCGAAUUAUUUUUUCCCAAGUAAAUUGUCAUAAUUCAAAAUGGACGGAUACUAAGAAAAUGACCUCUAUUUAUUACUUUUCAAUAGCAUUCAUUCAAAUCAGUGCAAUAUAUUGUGUAUAAGUGUACCUAUAGUUUUGUAGACAAUGGCUGUAAUGUGAUCAGAAUGUGAUAUGUGUAUGUAGCAAGGUAAAGGCUAUAUUUAGCUUUGAAGAAGCGUUUGUUAAAAUCUCUUUGAAAUCUUACUUUAAUACAUUUCUUACCUUUUAAAGGCAACAUUGCCGUUAUAAUGUUUUGUCAUACUGGUUUUCUUUUCUAGUCUAAGAAUCUAUGUAAAUCGAAUGUGAAUAAAUUAUUUAUGAUAUUUUAAGUGAAAA